AUGACUCUUGUGCCCAGUCGUCAACUUUACCCAACGAGCUUAUUCGACUCAUUCCAGAGCUCCUUCUCAAAGUUCCAUGGCCCCCACAUCCAUUUAUUCAGGUGCGGUUCCUCCAUUCCUUUCAAAAAGCACACUUUCUAUGCCACCCACUACACUAUCAGCUCUACCUUAAACCCUGAGCAAAACCCACUAAGGAAAUCAAAUUUUGUUAGGAAAAAUCAACCCAUUUCUCAAUAUAAACCCAAGAAGAAUUUUUCUAGCAGUAGUUGGAUUGAUAAAUGGAAUGAAUCCCACAAACAUAAUUGCCCAAAGCCACCCCGGGCUGUGUUGGACUAUCAGAGUAGUGAAAAUGGGAAUUUUAGUGGUUCAGGAUAUGCUGAGGGUGAUAGCGGUGGGGGUAGAAAUAGUAGUGGCAGUACAAUGGAGAAGAUUGUUGAGAAAUUGAAGAAAUUUGGGUACGUUGAUGAUAGUAAUGAGAAUAAAGGGGAGGUGAGAGACAGAGUGAUGGAGAAAGGUUCUGUGGAGGAUAUAUUUUAUGUUGAGGAAGGAAUGUUGCCAAAUUCAAGAGGUGGGUUCUCGGAGGAAUCACCAUUAGGGAUAGAGAAUGUGUUUGGAGGUGAUGGUAAGGUGAGGUUUCCAUGGGAAAAGCCAAAAGAGGAAGAGAAGCAAGAAGAGGGUUCAGUGAGGAGGAAGAGUAGGACUUCAUUGGCAGAAUUGACGCUUCCCGAGUCAGAGUUGAGGAGGUUAACGAAUUUGACAUUUCAGAAGAAGCACAAGACUAGGAUUGGUGGUGGUGGUGUUACUCAAGCCGUAGUGGAGAUGAUCCAUGAGAGAUGGAAGACUUCAGAGAUUGUGAGAUUGAAAAUUGAAGGGCCACCAGCUCUUAACAUGAAGAGAAUGCAUGAGAUAUUAGAGCUUUUCGAAAAAACUGGUGGUUUGGUGAUUUGGAGGUCUGGCACAUCCCUUUCUUUGUACAGAGGCGUGAGCUAUGAGGUUCCUUCAGUAAAACUAAACAAGCAGAUAUACAAGAAAAAUGACACUUCUUCCGCACCUUUACCAACUGUUGCUGAUAAAUCUGUGGGGGACUUUUCUGAGCUUGCUUCUUAUAGUAAUGUAAAAACACCCCAAGAAAAGUCAGAGAAUACUUCCCAGGAGAAGGAAGACACAGAACAAUUGGCAGAAGUGAAGUAUGAAGAUGAAGUAGACAAACUUUUAGAUAGUUUAGGCCCUAGAUUCAAAGAUUGGCCAGGAUGCGAUCCAUUACCUGUAGAUGCAGAUAUGCUCCCGGGGAUAGUUCCUGGUUACCAGCCUCCCUUCAGAGUACUUCCUUAUGGAGUGCGAUCUACCCUUGGUUUAAAGGAGGCAACAUCUUUAAGAAGGCUGGCUAGGGUUCUUCCACCACAUUUUGCUUUAGGCCGAAGCAGACAGCUCCAGGGUCUAGCAGUGGCCAUGGCUAAAUUAUGGGAAAAAAGUUUGAUUGCAAAGAUUGCACUGAAACGUGGUGUUCAGCUGACUACUAGUGAGAGAAUGGCUGAAGACAUAAAGAGAUUGACAGGGGGUGUCAUGCUAUCUCGAAACAAGGACUUCUUGGUCUUCUAUAGGGGGAAGAAUUUUUUGUCACCAGAUGUCACUGAAGCGUUACUGGAAAGGGAGAGAUUGGCAAAAUCCCUUCAAGAUGAAGAGGAACAGGCAAGGUUGAGAGCUUCAGCCAUGAUCAUACCAAAUGUUGAAGCAGCACAACACUUUGGUACCGCUGGUACACUUGGAGAGACUUUGGAUGCAGAUGCUAAGUGGGGAAAGAGGUUGGAUAAAGAAAAAGUUAUGCGAGAAGCAGACAUAUUAAGGCAUGCCCAUCUGGUCAGAAAGCUUGAACGAAAGCUUUCCUUUGCUGAACGAAAGCUAAUGAGAGCUGAACAAGCCUUAUCUAAGGUAGAGGAAUCUUUGAAACCAUCCAAGCAGCAAGCAGACCCAGAAAGCAUUACUGAUGAGGAGAGGUUUAUGUUUCGUAAGCUUGGGUUAAGGAUGAAAGCUUUCUUACUUCUUGGUAGACGUGGAGUAUUUGAUGGUACAGUGGAGAACAUGCAUUUGCACUGGAAGUACCGGGAGUUGGUCAAGAUAAUGGUGAAUGCUAAAACUUUUGAACAGGUCAAAAAUAUUGCAUUAGCACUUGAAGCAGAGAGUGGAGGUGUCUUGGUUUCAGUAGACAAAGUCUCCAAAAAAUUUGCUAUAAUUGUGUACCGAGGAAAGGACUAUCACCGACCUUCUACAUUGAGGCCAAAGAAUCUUUUGACAAAAAGGAAAGCUUUGGCACGCUCUAUUGAACUUCAAAGACAGGAGGCUCUUCUAAAACAUAUUUCAGCUGUGCAGAGUAAAGUGGACACACUUAGAUGCGAAAUAGAACAAAUGGAUAGUGUGAAAGAUCAAGGAGAUGAAGCAUUGUACAACAAAUUAGAUUCUUCUUACCCUACUGACGAUGAGGAUUCUGAGGAAGGAGAUGCUUAUCUUGAAACAUAUAACAGUGAAAAUGAUGGUGAAGAUGAAGGCAAUUUUGCAAUUUGCAAUCCUCACCUGGAAACCAAUUUUCCAUAUUUUGAGAAUCAGGAUUCUCAAACAGAAUUGGAAGUUCCUCAACACCAUUUGCAUGCAGUGCCGACGAAUUCAUGUGCUGGAUCGGACCAAGAUGAGGAACGUGACUCCCUACAAUGA